AUGAUUCACCUCAGCCACUUGAGCCGGUAUCCCGGCGGAGAUGCCAACCCCCUGCCCGCAUCCGGGGGCAUGUUCCGCCUUGUUGUAGAUGACGGGCUUUUCGUGGACAGGGCAGAGAUCGUGGAGGCGGGCAUGCCGCUUUGUCACGUCCUAUCUGCUUUACAAGAGCUUUCCCUGCGGGGCAUCUACCGUCGCACUGGCCUUUUUACAGGGCAACCGCUCGAUCCUUCUCCCAGCAGCGGCGACUUGCGGCACCCUGGAUGCAGAGAGCCAGAAGAGCUGAUGGCUUGUUCAAUGCCGUUCCAGGUUUGUCUUCAUGCUUUGCUAUGCUUUGCGCAGCAAGGUGACUACAACCUCAGCUGUGGGGAGGGCAGGCAGUUGAUUGACAAUGCGACGUGGUACAGGCCACCGUGUUUCCUUCAAGUGGCAAGCUUCUUGAUUCGCAAAGGGCGCUCUGACGAACAGCAACUGUUGUUCGACUUGUGGCACGCAUCCGUUUUGGCGACGCACCGCUUCCUGUCAGAAGAGGUGCUUGCUGAGAUUGCCGCCGAGGUGAAAACCAAGUUCUUGCCGAAUGCUGUGCCGGAUGUCAUCGUCGAUGCUAGUGACAAGCCACUGGGUUUUAUGGUCAUGACAGGGGACAACGUUGAUGCGCUCUUCGUUGAUGUUGCACACCACGGCCAGGGCUUGGGGACCCGGCUCAUGGAAAGAGCAAAGUCUGGGCGGACAGCGCUGACUGUGGAGGUGAACGAACAGAAUCCCGGAGCCUGGGCCUUCUACCGCCGCUGUGGUUUCGUCGACAUCGACCGGAAGCCCGUAGAUGAUUCCGGCCGUCCCUUUCCAAUCAUCACGUUGAGGACAGGUCUCUGGCACAGACGCCACCCUUCCCAGCCUUAUCUGAAACGGCGAUCCUUUGCAGCUCUUAAGCUGGGUGCGGGUGAUGGAUCGAUGUGUGCGGACCCGAUGGCCUGCACGGAGCUCGACAAUGAGACCUGCUGCGAGGACAUGCCCUUGACAACGCUUGCACCGACCACGGCCUUGCCCCGAGGGGACUCCGGCCGGCGGCUGAUGGGUCCUGUGCGCCCUCCAGUGGACGUGACGCUUGUGGAAGCCACCUACGACCUUGAGGUGCUCGCAUCGCCGGUGUUUAGCCUUCCAAUCCCCAUCUGCGAGACCCGGUACCAGGACCUGCACAACCGCACUGCAAGAAUCUACGUGUCACUUGAGGAGUUCGAGGCCUUCUGUUGGUUCUGUGCAGUUGGAUUCAUCUGCCUUGUGUUCCAUUCUGCAGGUCUACUUGCCAGCGACAGCGGUGCAGGACUGCUCCAGACGUGGCAGGUGGUCCUGAUUCAGAGGAGGAAGGACCGAUGCCUGGGCUGUGUUUCUGCCGGCUUCGUGUCUGGCUUCGCCUGCAUUGGAAGACUGCUCCUUGUCUGCAUGCGAGGUGGCUGCCAGACUGAUACUGAUGCCAGGAGCAGCUCGACUCAAAUGGAGUUUGCUGGGUGCCUUGUUGGAACCAUUGUCAAUAAGCUGCGGGUUGCCGCUUUCGAAUCACAUGCCAGGGAAAGCGAGCGUCGCUUCCACGUCCCCACGUCCAACGGCCUUGAGCGGUUUGAGGUGAGCAGGAUUGUUCAGGAAGACGUCGCGUCGACCGAAGCAUCAAGUUUGGUACAGGAACACCGUUUUCCCCUUCCUACGGAUGCGAACAGCUACGUUGCAUGCGGCAGGCACCUCUGGGACGGCGGCAUCCUCAUGGCUGCUUGGGCAGCGCAGAGAUGCGAUGCGCUGGAAGGGCACAGGGUGCUGGAGCUGGGUUCAGGUGUGGGGCUUCUGGGCAUCGUGCUGGCGCGAUGCUCGGCAUCCUCCGUUGUGCUCUCGGACUUCGGUCCCGAUGAGCAUGCGGAGGGACCUGAGGACAAGGGGCGUCUGAUACCUCCUUUGCUGCUGGACAAUUUGCGGGACAAUGUCGCCCGCAACAGCCUGACGAAUGCUGAAGUUUGGCAUUUGGACUGGCUGGACUUCCUCCGAGGCCGGCAACCGACAGAACGCUUUGAGCGGCUGGUGGCCGCAGAUGUGGUGUACUACUCUUCAGACUUGCCUGCGCUGGCAGCUGCGAUUGCUGCGCAUUUGCUGCCGGGAGGCCUGGCCUUCAUCACCGUUCCACGGCGGAAGUGGCGUGGAGCGCAGGCCUCCGAGCGAAGCACGGCGGAGGAUCUGGUCAAAGCACUGGAGCCUUUUGGAAAGGUGGAGGUCGAGGAGCUCAUCGGUCCCGCACUGAGCAUACUGCACUUCGCCAUGCGGUGCCUUCCAGUGCCUGCUAUGUUUUAUGAUGUUGUCGUGGAAGCGCCCAAAGAGGCAUUUCACACCGAGGCUUUCACCGGAAGGCACGAUCUGCAAGCACCUGAGCUGGAUGUGAAAGCCUGCCAUCCAGCCAACAAUCGCAAUGCCACGGAGCAGGAAAUCAUCCAGCUGAGCUUCACGGAGGAGAUCAAGGCCGGCCAUGGCUUCUUCGAGUUGUGGGACGUGGAGGAUCAGAGCGGACCCCAAUUUCGAAUUGAUGUCCAGAGCCUGGCAGUGGGCAACUCCGAAUAUCCAGGGCGUUCCCUCAUCGAUGGCCAGGUUGUCACUCUUAUCCCUUCAGCCAUCUGUGAAGGCAAGCAGAAGACGAACACGACAAUGCUGAACAAAACAUUAGCCAGUCUCGGCCAGAGAUGCCAGCACCAACCGCAUGCAGCAUCUUGGACACCAAUCCUGAGCGUGAUCUUCACCCCAGCGGGCACUCUGAGCAAUGAAGACUCGCACGGCCUCGCCGGGCGUGGGCUCCCGGGCAGCCGCAAGAGGCGUGGCUCGGCGACGAGGAACGGCCCGGCGGCAAACGACCCCCUGAUGUCCUGGCUGGCACUGGCCUCCUUCAGUGCUCUGAUGACGGUUGUCUUAGCGAAGCAGUGGGCAGUACCGCCAAUCGUUCCUGCGGACUCCCCACUUUCGGCAGGUUUCAGCGCCGACAGAACCCGUGAUGUCUUGCAUGACUUGGAAGCUUGUGGGCCGAAGUACGUUGGCGCGAGAGGCAAUGAGGUCUGUGCGGUUCAGGCUGUGCUGAAGCAGAUUGCGAAGUCUGCCGAAGGCCGAGAGUCAAGUUUGACGUUGGAGACGCAAUCUGCCUCUGGCCAUUACUAUAUAGACUUUGUCGGAGGCUUCACCGUAGCUUAUCGCAACCUCACGAAUGUGGUCGCCAGGGCCCGUGGCCGAAGGUCGGGCUCGAAUUGUGCUUUGCUUAUCUCUUCCCACUUUGACUCGGCCAUCGGGUCUGUGGCAACUUCGGACGCGAAUGCGGAGAUCGCAAUCAUGACCGAACUGCUUCGGCUAUUUCUACAUGAUCCCCUCGAUGUGGAUGUAAUCUUCAAUUUCAAUGGGGGAGAGGAGUUCAUCAUGCCGGCUGCGCACGGAUUUAUCACCUCACACCCGUGGGCCUCGGAGAUCUGUGCCCAGAUCAACCUUGAAGCCGCUGGGUCUGGUGGGCGCGAGCUUCUCUUCCAGGUGGGACCGCAGAAUCGAUGGAUCGUGGAAGCCUAUGGCCAAAAUGUGAGGCGGCCUUAUGGGUCUUCAAUCUCGCAGGUCCUUUUUCAGCUAGGCAUCAUUCCUGGAGAGACCGACUAUCGAAUCUAUCGCGACUUCGGAGGUAUUCCAGGAGCUGACUUCGCUGUCUUGACAUAUGGCUGGAUUUAUCACACCUGGCGUGACAACCUCGAACACCUCGACUUUCGUUCCGUUCAGAGGUAUGGAGACACCAUCAACGAAUUUGCACAGGGCCUGGCUAAGAAGCUCGGCGAUGGCCGUCCUACAGGAAGUGACGCAUCAGAUUCGGCGGUGUUCUUCGACAUUGGCGGUGUCUUCUUCGUUGAAUAUUCAGCAGAUUUGGCUAGGAAGAUGCACGUGGCUGUCGCAGUCAUUGUGCUCUCAAGCUUGCUGCUCAGAAGGGGCACGGCUUAUGCGGCCGACAUCCUCAAAGCUGCGAUGAAGCUUUUUCUGGCUUGUCUGUCAUCGCUGCUUGCGGCUGCUGCUACUGGCGGCCUAGUCGCGCUCACGCCGGCGGCGCUCGCCGGCUCCGGGCAUCCUGAACUCGCGCCGCUGCUCUUUGUGCCACCUGCGCUGGCAGCCUUCCUAGGCUGCAUUAAGCUACUGGGUCGAGAUGAGCCCAUCAUUGCAGAAGGGUCCAUCGCGUUGGGUGCACUGCUCUGCUUUGGCCUCUCGCUGAGCUCAGUUUCUGUGCUGGCAUCCUAUCCGUUCUUGUUUUGGUCGGCGCUGCCCGCGCUGGCCGCUUUCUGCCCUCGGCCGCUGCGCUCACUCUCGGUUCCGGCAGCUUUCGUUUUGCCAUGGCUGCUUCACCUGCAGUUCCUGGUGUUAGCCUUGGACCUUCUGUGCCCCCUCACCUUCAGAAGUGGCACCACCAUUCCGGGUGAUGUCGUGGUCGCGGCCGUCUAUGGGUUAAUGACUGGGCUGUUCCUGUCGCUGUCGGCGCGCUUCAUCCUGCCGGUUCCUCACUGGGCCACCAAGAUGCUAUGCCUGAUUACCUUCGUGAUGGCGUUCGGUCUAGCGCUGUGGAUCUUCCCGUACAGCUACGACCGCCCCAAGCGCAUUGUCUACCAGCACACUUCACGGUCCAAGGCAACCUGGACCGUGGAGGCGCAUGGGAUGGCCACGGCGCACUGGGAGCCGAUGGAAAGUGGGAUCUGGACCGUUGCCCAAGACUGGAACUGCGUGGACACCGUUCAACAGUUUGCUCCGUAUGGCUUGCCGAAUGGCUCGCGUCCUCACGACAGCCGCGUUGGGCUUUAUGGCCAAGUGCCCAUGCCCUUCCCAAUGAAGUGGAUGCUGUGGGGUGGAGCCUGGGCGAAGAGAUCCGCUCCGGAGAUUCCUGUUCCCAUUGGCGUGCAGCUUUCGUCCCUUCCGUGGUCGGGUGCAGGAGGUGAGGACCUGCGAAACGUGCACAUCACCGUGCGAGGUCCACCUAACAUGAUGCUGGUGCUCUCACCCUUGUCGUCCAUCAAAGGAUGGUCGUUCGGACGGUAUGCAUCCAUUGCAGAUGCGGCGGACUCCAAGCACGUCGUCGAUGUGGAUCAGCUGUCCACGAGGAUACCGCACAAGCGCAUGGACUGUGACUGCCUAUUCCUGCUCUUUGCCGAAGGGGGCGUGAGCCCUAGCCAGGGCCAGACCGAAGCUUUCAACUUCACGGUGUUGGCACCUCCGGGCGAGCUAGACAUGGACAUUUGGGGCCUACACUUGGAGAAGUCCAGCCCAGAGCUGCAGCACGAGAAGGAGCGGCUGCCGAGCUGGGCGAACUUCUACGGCUGGACGGCGGAGUUGCAGGAAGCGACAGGAAGCAGUGCGACUGCUGAGCUGCUGCGACGUAGAGCUGAUACUGUGGACAGGUAUGUGGUGGUCACCAGCGAGCCUGGAGUGCUGUAUGACAUGAUGGACAAUCCACUGCCGGUGCUGGACUCCAACACGACUGGGCCAGGUGGUUGGAGGUUUGAGGUGGACGAGAAUGUUACCAGAGCUCCCGAGAUCCUGCGGUCGACCCACGCGAUCACGAUCAAUGCAACAGCUGCAGAAACUCUGGUCACUGGCUAUUUGUACUUCACCCAGAGGGUCUAUCAGAAUGGCUCUCUCCCUGGCACAAUGCUGAUGCGGCAAGAUCUCCAAGUCUGGGACUGUGGAACCGGCUUCGACUGCUCCAAUAUGCAGCCCCUGAACAACAGCGACACGGCCGUGACCGUCUCGACGGAGCCCUGGGAUGCCACCAGCUUCGACUUGCUUCCGGGCCUUGUGGAGUUCCGCAUUCAGCUGCCUGACGAACUGCCCCGUAGGCUGAAGGUCAUCGUGCCCCCGUAUAGCUUCAUGGGUGCAGACACCCGACCAGGCAGCUUAGCAGGGCCGCUGGUCCAAUAUGAGCUGCAAGUCGACACUGGCGAGGACCCAAAUGUCGAGCUCGCAAGGCCCAGGGUGCUCCCGGGCGGCGCCUUCCCGCAACCAGGGGCGCAGUAUGUGGCCGCCGCCACGACGAUCACAUUCUACUUCGACGAGGAGGCAUUGCACGAAGAACAGGAUGAGAUGCGGCCACUGUGGUGA